CCAUGACUUGCAUCCACCCUCAGCACGCCCCCCCCCUCGGGUCCCCCCAGCUCUACGACCUCAACCUGGGCCUCUCCGACUUCCAGAGCACGGACUUUAUCGCCAGACUCACCUCGAACGUCCCCCAUGUCCCCACCCCCACCCUGCCCAGCAUCAACUCUCUGGUCGACCUCCACCACGACUUCAACUCUUAUUCCUGUCAGUUUACGGCGGGCAUGGAGACCCCCUUUAAAGUGGACGACCUCCAGGUGUACGGAUGCUACCCGGGCGGGGCUUUCUCACUCAGCUUCCCCGAUGAAUCUUCCUCUCCUGGGGGGUCAGAUUUCACCUCCUCCCCCUCCACACCUCGCUUCCAGCCUUCCUCCGGCUGGGACCCCUCUUACGGCCCCUCGUUCUGGGCUCCGGACGACCCCUCUGGUCCCCAGGAGGCGUCGUUCUUCACCUUCAGCUCCGUGGAGGAUCUGUCUCAUCUUCAGGAUCCUUUCUCCCCUCCCCCUCCCCCUCCCCCUCCACCAAUGAGCUGCUUCUCUUUGGAGGCGGGGUCCGAGCAGCUGGACGGCAGCUUAUCGCCGAAGUUGAAAAGCCUCUCAGGAAACGAGGGGUGCUGCGCGGUGUGCGGAGACAACGCCUCCUGUCAGCACUACGGGGUCCGGACCUGUGAGGGCUGCAAGGGCUUCUUCAAGGUACCCAGAGCUCUGAUUCGAUAUGAAGCAACAAAGAUAUCAAUCACAUUCAGACACAGGUUUAUUAACGAGUAGGUUCACGCAUACCAGGACUUUUCCUUGGUGUACAUGGUUGUUAGAAAACUCUCCCUCGUCCCCGGCUUGAGCUUGAAUCUC